UUAAUGCUGUAAUAAUUUUUGUAAAACCCUAAAAAUCCCUUCUCUGUUCAUGCAUUACAACUGCUUUCUUCUCAUUUUUUUCAUCUCUUUUCUUUCAUAAGAUUUCGGCAACAUCAAUUUCUUUCACACCCUUUUUUAUUUUUUUGAUUUGAUUGAUUUCCCUUAAACAAAGUUACUCUUUCACAAUCUCCAACGGGAACUCAGCUUUCAUCUUUCUUAUCUGCAUAUCCCUGGUUACCAAAUGGGUAGGAAUUUGAGCCCUGCAUUGCGUCAAGAACUAGCAAAUCUAGAAAAAGAUUCAGAUAGUAGAAGAUCUGCAAUGAAAGCAUUGAAAUUACAUGUGAAAGAUAUGGAUUCGAAAGCCAUUCCCCUCUUUCUUGCUCAAGUUUCCGAGACCAAAGAAUCCGGUUGCUCUCCUGGAGAGUACACCAUUUCAAUCUAUGAAGUUCUUGCUAGGCUUCAUGGACCUAACAUUUUGCCCCAAUUAGAUGAUAUCAUGUCUUCAAUCAUUAAGACUUUAACUACUAGUGGAGGAUCAUUUCCUCUUCAACAAGCCUGUUCUAAGGUAGUUCCUGCAAUUGGAAGGUAUAUGAUUGAACCAACUACACAACUUGAGAAGAAAAAGACGAUUAUCCGUUCGCUUUGUAAGCCUCUUUCAGACUCUCUUUUGGGUACCCAAGAGAGUUUAUCUUGUGGGGCUGCCUUAUGUUUGAAAGCCCUUGUGGAUAGUGAUGAUUGGAGGUUUGCUUCUGAUGAAUUGGUGAAUGAAGUUUGUCUAAAGCUUGCUAGUGCGAUGGAGGAUAAGGCGACUCAAACGAAUUCUCAUAUGGGUUUGUUGAUGUCGUUGGCUAAGCACAAUAGUCACAUAGUCGAGGCUUAUGCGGGGUUAUUGAUUCGUGCUGCAUUGAAUAUCUUGAAUGAUGGGUUAUCUAAGAAUUCGCAGAAGCGUUUGACAGCCAUUCAGAUGGUGCAUUCAUUAAUGAAGUGUUUAGAUAUCAGGAGUAUUUUCUCGGAGCGAGACUCUAUUAUUGAGGCGAUGGAGAAAUGUCAGUCUGAUCAAAUGCCGUAUGUUAGGGGAGCUGCGUUCGAAGCAAUGCAAACCGCUAAAAGAUUACUAGUAGAGGAAUUGUCGAAGAUCAGUUGUGAUGAGGAUUCGGUGACUGGCUCCAAUUUUAGUAGGAGUAGUAAUAGUGUGAGACGAAACUUUUCAAGUUCAGGGAGUCAGUCACCUGAAUCUGUGUCACCCGAAUCAAAAGCCCUUGAUUUAUUUUCCGAGUCUUUCAUGGAUUCUUCAAUUUCGAUGACUCAAUCUUCGUGUAAUACGAGGAAAAAGGUGAAUAAGAAGCAGUGGAAUCAAGAAAAUGGAUUCUCCAAAGAUGCUAGUGAAAACUACAGAUCGCGUGCAUCCACAGAACAAGAUGAAGGUUCUGAUAAUAGAAGUUAUUCUGAUGCAUUUCCCGGGUCUAUUCCUUGUAGUAUGGAGAAUGGAGUGUCGAGGAACCGCCCUCGGAGUCUAGCAAACGGUGCAGUCAGAAGGCGACCGCAGACUCCUGCUAACGGAGCUUUAAGAACUCGACCCCAAAGUCCAAUGGACGGAGCAAUGAGAAGCCAAACUCCUAGUCCACAGAGGACGCGCUCUCAGAUUGAUGUCGAUAACAUCAAGAUCUUUAGUACUCCAAGGAAGCUUGUUUGCUCACUUCAGGAUCAUGAUGAGAAUUCUAACUAUGACAAUCAAUCUAGAAGGCGGGGAAGUUCAUACACAUCCAAUCGCGAUUGGAGACCUAUCGCUAACUAUGAUGAUAAUGGCUGCUUAAACAACCAUAGAUCCAAAAAUGGAUUUGAAGAUAACCUCUGUGGUUCUACCUCAGAAUCAGUCUUAUCAACUGAAAAUGUUUUGGCCAUUGCUAAUGGCAACGUCUCUCCUAAAAUGCUCGAUAGAGGUCAAAUUCAAUCUAUAAAGACAGUGAAAGCUUCAGGGAGGAAGAUUUCCACUUUGGUCUUGUUCAUCUUCUUGUUAAUAACUUUAGGUCUUGCAUCAGUUUUGUUGAUAGGUGAGCAGGAUGAAAACCGUAACCUCGUUCCAACGUAGGCAUUUAGUUUAUGUACCAUGAUUAGUGUAAUGGAGACAACUACAUAUUAGUCAGUCGACUCGAGAUGUUUCAUCUAGGGUUAUCUAGGGUUAGAUCUACGCAAUCUUACCCUUGUUUUUGUUCAUUUCUGUGUUAUCUUCUUUUGGGUGUAUGUACAAAUUGCUCAUUAUUCAAGAGUUAAGGUUCCACAAAGUGACA